CCCCAGGCUCCGCCCCCCGUUCCGCCGCCUACCAAGCAGGGCUCAGUUCUCGUGACCACUUCAUAGCAGUCGGACGCGUCUCCGCUGCGCUCCUCGCUCGAGCUUGCCUGGGAGUGUGCAUGUGUGUUUUUCUUACACCAGGCUACAAGACGUUAGGACUACCUACCGCCGACGUGGUUCACAAGGAUUUCUUCGAGGACUUUUCUUCUAGGAGGAGACAUAACGUUGCCAUCAUCUGUCGGACUUCUUUCUUGGAGAUCGGGUUCGUGUGUGAAGAUUUCUUCAAGGCGUGUGCGUUUUUUUCUUCAAGGAGAUAUCGUUGAACCACGCGUGUGGAUUUCUUCUCUGUAAUUUCUAUCUUCUACAGUCGGUUUGUGUACCAAAGGUUGGAAGCCGGCCACUUCUGAAACUUCGCCCGCGGAAAGAGCCACGACAUUAAAAACCGAGCCGCUUUUUUUCUCUCUACCGGGCCCGUGAGUCAGAUGUGAGGAUAUGUGUGUGCACUUCUCGCCAGCGGCCACAUACCAGUGGGACAGGAGUACACGGUGAGAUAGAUUGCCUCCCCAUUCAGCACUGUCGUUAUCAGUACUCAGCACAGUGGAAACGCUAUCUGUGUGGAACGGAUUGAAACGGUUGUCGGUAGGUCCGGGCUCGCCUGCUUUCCUUAUACACACGGCCGCUUUUUCAAAACGCUCAGUAAGGCAUGUAUGUAACGCUUUGGAUGUGCGGAGAAACAGUUUCAUUCAGAGCUAGCAUUGGCUUGUAGGUUCGCGUUACGGAAAGCUUAUUGAAGAUUUACUCCUCGGACGUGAGCUAUUGUAGCGGGAGGCUCGUCUGUUUACAGAAGGGACGGCUCCAGCUGGCCACUUUGUUUUGAGAAGAAACGGACUAAAAAUCUGUGUCCGCAAAAAUCGUGUUAUUCUGACCGAGUGAAAGUGUUGUUUUUAUCUUAGAAGACCACAAUGGCCCCAGUACGGACGUUAAGUCUGUGGUUUUUCGUGCUGUGCGUUCUCACGGUGUGUGUCAGCGGGACUGAGGUGAGAUACUCGGUAUUGGAGGAAGAGCCGCCGAACACUUAUAUCGGGAACCUGGCGCGGGACUUGGGAGUGGUGGGCGCCGCUACGCCGCGGACUUUUGCGAUCCUGUCCAACUCGUCCCAGUCGCGGGUGACAGUUGACGAGGUGACCGGCGUGCUGUCAACGGACGGGCGGAUCGACCGGGACGUGCUGUGCCCGCGGGCGCAGGUCUGCGAGGUGGGGCUGGAAGUGGCCAUGCUGCCAAAACAGUUCUUUCAGCUAAUUCAAGUACGGAUCACGGUGGAGGAUCAGAACGACAACACGCCGCGCUUCCGCAGCAAUCAGGUCACCUUAGAUCUCUCGGAGGCGACCGCAGUGAACACCCGCGUGCCGCUCGACAGCGCUACGGAUCUGGACUCGGAGCGGUUCUCCGUUCAGACUUACAGCCUGCAGACCACAGCCGACCACGCGCCGUUCGACAUCAAUAUCUUCGAUGGCGUGGACGGGAGUAAGAACGUGGAACUGGUGGUAGCGCAGGCCUUGGACCGGGAGACGAACCCCAAAUACCGCCUCGUCCUCACCGCGUACGACGGCGGCAACCCGCGGCGCUACGACAGCCAAGUUCUGGAGGUCAACAUCUUGGACACAAACGACAACAGCCCGGUCUUCGAGGAGGAGAGCUACUCAGUGGACAUCAUGGAAAACACGCCCGUCGGAACGCUUGUUUUGGAUCUGAACGCUACCGAUCCAGACGAGGGAACGAACGGAGAAGUUGUGUAUUCUUUCAGUAACUCCAUGUCAGACUCUCUUCUCGCGCUGUUCGCCUUGGACCCGAUAACGGGCAGAAUGACGACUAACGCCCCGUUAGACCGAGAGUCGGCGGCGGGGAGAGUUUUCCAGCUCACGGUGCAGGCCCGAGACAGGGGCGUCAACUCCGCACCAACCUUCGCGACGGUCCUCGUCAACGUCGGCGACACAAACGACAACGCGCCCCUGGUGACCCUGAACUUUGUCACCUCGUCCGAAGGGCCGGUAUAUCUCUCCGAAGACGUCCCGGUCGAUACGUUUCUGGCGUAUCUCAUGGUCUCAGACCGAGAUGGAGGGAGAAACGGGCGAGUGAACGUGACACUAGACGGCGCGAAUAAACAUUUCAGACUCAAAACUGUCCCGCAAGGUGACGGCCAGUACCUUAUUGUCACGUCGGCAAAACUAGACAGAGAGACGUUACCGACGUACAACGUGACUGUCAUAGCAAAAGACGCCGGGCGGCCGCCACGGGUGUCCUACAAAUCCUUCGAUAUCAUCCUCAUGGAUGUGAGCGAUAACGCGCCGGAUUUUGGGACCGACCGGUUGGAGUUUGAGCUAGCGGAAGAAGGAGAAGCGGGGCGUACGUGGGGACGGACCACCGCCACCGACCCGGACCAGGGAGCGAACGGCCAGGUCGUCUACUCCACCAGCGACGGCGACCAGACCGUCUACGUGGACCCAGAGAACGGUAACAUCAUCGUGAACGAGGUAAUAGACCGGGAACUCCGUGAGGUUAUCCAGUUUACCAUGGUGGCGCGGGACGGAGGGGUGCCCUCCCGUAUGGGGUCCGUACUUGUCACCAUCAGGAUUACGGACAAAAAUGACAACGCUCCCGCCUUCACGGAACCCAUGUACCCUUUCUACAUCACCGAAUCUGUAGCGGUGGGGACUUCUGUAGGUACUGUUGUAUCCACUGAUUUAGACAUGGGAAGGAAUGCCGAACGGCGGUACAGAAUCAUACAGGGGAACGAGGAGGGGAAAUUCUCCAUAAACCCGGAGAGUGGAGUCCUGUACACGGCAGACAAGCUGGAUUAUGAGCAGGUGAGACAAUAUGAGUUGAUUGUUGAAGUUCGUGACAGGGGGGUGCCACAGAUGAGUGACACUUGUUUGGUCAGGGUCUUUGUCCAAGACGAAAAUGACAACAAACCUGAAAUCACCUUCCCUAACGACAGGAGGAAUGUAGUGUAUGUGCCCCUCACCGCUCCGGUCGGUUACCUAGCAACCAGCAUCCAGGCAGUGGAUUGGGAUGAGGGGCCGAAUGGGGAACUGUCCUAUUCUAUCACUAAUGGCAACCGUUUGGGCAUUUUUGUCAUCUCUGAGCUGGGGGAUAUCAGGACUGUGAAACUGAUCAGGCCUGACUGGGCGGGGCUGUACACCCUGACUGUCAUGGUAACAGACCAUGGUGCCACGCCCACCUCGGCAACCACCCUCCUCAACAUCUUCCUGAGUGACGCCGUUUAUAACGGCUCCACUAUGAUUGGUGGGGACCUACUCCCAGCAAACGUUACAGACUGGAACAGGUUUAACAUUGCCAACACCCGACCAAAAGACGACGGCUUCAGCAUCCCGAUCAUCAUCGUGAUCGCGCUGAGCUGUGCUCUCGUUCUGCUGGUGUCCAUCGUGGUCGUGGUCAUCCUCAAAUGCCGGCGCAGAAACAAAGACGAGAGGACGUACAACAACGCCGAAAAACAGGUGAUGGCCUCGCAACAGAGGAACUCUGCAGGCAGAGGCAGCGGGAGGAAACGAAACACGAGUCACAGAGAAAUUGUGGUGACUGUAAAUGAGGCAGCGCAUAAAAUGGACUACAAUGACAUCAUCAAAGAAGAACCCGACGGACAAGAGAGUUCAAGUCCGGGUUCGCUCACGGAAACCUCCCCGCCAGACUCGGAGUCCAAACUCCUUAAGAAGGACCCUCCAAAAGUUAAGAACCUGACAAAGAAGGAGCAGCCUGUAGGAGCGGAGAGCGAGACGGAUGAGUCGGGAUCAGGAGCAGAGCGGAAGGAAGGACCGGAGGCAUCGUGUGAAGAUGAGGAGGCUCGUCUGUUGAGGAUGCUGAAGGACGGACAUACCUCGGACGAGAGCCUGAACUCCACCCAUAGCAACCACGAUAGCGGGCGUGGCUCCGUCCAUAGCAACCAUGACAGCGGCCGAGGCGACAGCGACAAGGAAGUCCGCAGCUCUCCCACUGCUGACCUUCGACCCCAAAGUUGUGAAGGAGCUUCGAACAAGACAGAACUACCAGUAGAGACAGGUAUGCCGCCACCCCCUUGUAACGUGCUGUCGCGCUGCACCCAGGAGUGCCGCAUCCUGGGCCACUCGGACCGCUGCUGGAUGCCGGUUCCGCCCAACAACCACAUCCCCAACAUCAACGGCAGCAACAACAACUCGCCAUCCCACCACAGUCGCCUCAACUCACCAGUACGGAACAGCCCAGAGAAAGCCAAGAUCCUGAAGAUCAAGGACUUCAACAACCCUUCCUCGGGAAAUGGAAGGAAGGUCACCUUCGUUGACCAAAGGCCAGAUUCUCCAGUGAGCUACGACGGGUCGCAUCACUCCUCCCCGACCAAUAGCAGCAAGGGGUUGAACCUGAAAAACUCCCCGUCGCACGUGGCCGCGGCCGGCUAUCGGAAUUCUCCUGUGAAAACUAUUGGGAAGAGUUUGUACGAGGAUACCAACAGGAAUGCGGCGUACAAUAGCCCCAACCGGAAUGCGUUUGUGGAUAACAACGUCGCCCAAAGAACUCCUUACGAAGAUUCCAACAAAAAUUCCUACAGUCCACAUCACGCGGACCCCAGAUUUACUGGGUACGAGGGCGUCAAACCCAACAGGAAACCUCUGUGUUUACGGACCUUCGACCCCAACAGAGAGUUCAAGGGCACGACCUUGGGGGACAGUAGCACGAGUUCUGAGGAGGGGAACGAACUCUACAACAUGGAGGAUGUUUCCGAAGUGUUGGACAAUGUGGAAGGGACCCCGCCAGACAGUCCUUACGGGGAGAGUCCGUAUAAGCCCAAAGAACUGGCACGGGAGCUUGACGAACUCACCUUCAGCUCCUUCAGAGUUUAAAAUAUAGUAUGUAUCUCAUAUUGAAAAUAUAUAUCUGUGAAUAUGAUGUAUGAUUAUUGUUGUGUUGAAAAGUACCAAAUGCAUAAGCGCAGUCGACCGACCGGUAAUGCCAGAAUUGCUAUGGACGAUAAACAAGAUUGUCAGCCUCUACUUAGGUGAAAUGGAGGGAAAACGAUUUUCCACACUGAGUAUUGAAUAUUCUAUUGGAGAAUUCAAGGGCAAACUCAAGGGCAAAGGGUAGAGGUCAUUGGCUUUCCAUCAGGUGUCUGAGAGGUACUUACUGGUGAUGAUAUGCAAGCUGCACUUUAUCAUGAUUUGUGGACCAAAGUUAUGCUAUGAUAUUCGGGCGGUUUCUCGAAGAAUACCAAUGACUUGUGAGAUGAUGGCAGAAUAUUCUAGAUACAUGAUAUCCUUCUUGUAGUGACGUCCAGUGAAGGUAUUGUCACACCCCUGCAUGUACUAUUGGUCACUUUAACUGUGGAAGGACAUUUUUCAAAUUUCGAGGGCACCAAGUCAGAAGUCUUGCAUCUCAAAUCUGAAUUUACAUGUCAUUGGAAGAACAAGCCCUCCUCUAUCCUAUUGUGUCUUGCAAUCUAUCAUAACUGCUUGACGUAUGUAGAUAAUUCUAGAGAUAUUUCAUUGACAUCCACACUGACUCGGAAUAUGUAAUGUCUUUCCACCGCUGAAGUGACGAGUGUUAUGAUGAACUGGCAGCGUAAUGUACCAGUGUUCAACCUCCCUGUCUACCUCGCGUAAUAACCCUUCCCAGGAGCCACCCUCCUAAAUCACAGCUCCAUUUCCGCUCCCUCCUGGCCAAGCUUUGCCAGGUUGUGCUGUCAAUCAGAAUAAAGCAAUUCCAUGCUGGUAUUUUAUGCUGGCAGUGUAGAACUACAGUAGAGUAGACAAGGACGUAUAGCCCUCAAUGGGCUUUGUGCACAAUUGAAAUAUAGAAUAUUUUUUUGCAAAAUUCUGUUUAUGUUUUACCUUCAUAUGCUACUACAAAAUGUUGAUCAUUGUUUCUUACACUGACCACUUUGUAUCUGGAUAAUCAAGUCAAUAGCCCGACAUAUCAAUUUUUUUUUACUUCAUGCACAGUUCAUAGAAAUGUUAAACACCAUUCUAUAUUUUGUAUCAUUAUCUCUGUUGUGACAUAAUUGUUUUAAUAUCAAUCUUAAUUGUCUUUAGAACAUUGUUAUUAGUCAGAGAUUCUAAAUCUUUGGCUAAAUCUUGUCACUCCAAAGUCAAAGAGACCAGUGUUUUUGUAUGUUACGAGAGCAUCUGACAGAAGAAGAGAGAAAAUUUAUAAUAGCCUCUGGGAUGACGUCCGCAUGUACAAUGUAUAUUCAUAUCAGUCAUCUAUCUGCUUGAAGAAGGAUCAAUCUAAUGUUCUCAGAUGUUAUAGGCCCUAUAGGUUCUGGAAACUUCAAAGGGUCUUUUAUACCAUAUCAGAUACAUGUACAUUAUAGCAAACCUGAAUGUAGUGCCAAUCUGUGUAGCUUUAAGUAUCUUCCACAUUUUUAUAUAUUUUUGUUAUUAUUAAUGUUUGUUGAAAAAUAGCAUCAUUUAUUCAAAGUAGAUUUUAUUAUUGUCUUGUAGGCUCAUUUGUCAAUGUUUUUUUUAUUCAAAUCUUAUAUUUCCAGUAAAUAAUUUUUCCUUAAUUGGCUAGAUCAGCCCAUUGAUUGUGAGUUGGUUUGUUGAUCCCACUGUCCCUACACAAUGCAAUAAGAAUAUUGUGGAAAAACGUAUGUUUGAAGUGUGGUUACACUAUGUAUUUUUACCAAAUUGAAUAGAAUAAUGUAAAGCUGACACUGGUGG